UCUGUAGAACUAUAUCCCUUAUAAAUUUGCAACCUGCCUGCUCUUGUAUCCAAAUUAUCUCUGCAUUCACCUCUUUUUCUCCUUGUUUAAUCCUUUUGUCGUAAUCCACAGCUUAAUUAUGGAGAUCCAUCUCCUGCGUGUUUUCGCUUUUCUCGCUUUUGCAAUGAUGACAAGCCAUGCUGCUCUGCCUCCUGAAGAAUACUGGAAAUCUGUGCUGCCAAACACUCCGAUGCCUAAAGCUGUCAGUGAUCUUCUACACCAAGAACUGAUAGAUGAGAAAAGCACUUCUGUCAGUGUAGGGAAAGGUGGCGUUAAUGUUGACGCCGGAAAAGGAAAGCCGGGCGGCACUUCCGUUAAUGUAGGGAAGGGUGGCGUGGAUGUUGGUGCAGGAAAAGGAAAGCCCGGCGGCACUUCCGUUAAUGUAGGGAAGGGUGGCGUGGGUGUUGAUACAGGAAAAGGAAAGCCCGGAGGCACCAAUGUCGGUGUUGGCAAAGGAGGAGUAUCUGUGAACACAGGCCACAAGGGAAAGCCUGUGUAUGUCGGGGUAAAACCAGGGGCUUCACCCUUCGUUUAUAAUUAUGCUGCCACUGAGAAUCAACUCCAUGAUAACCCCAACGUAGCUCUUUUCUUCUUGGAAAAGAACAUGCAUCCUGGCACUGAAAUGAACUUGCACUUCACAAAAAACUCACAGACAACAGCUUUUUUGCCCCGCCAAGUUUCUGAAUCAAUACCCUUUUCAUCUAACAAGAUGGCAGAAAUCUUGAACCGGUUUUCUGUCAAACCCGGAUCACUGGAAGCUGAGAUAAUGGAGGAAACAAUCAAAGAAUGCGAAGAACCGGGCAUUAGAGGAGAGGAAAAGUACUGCGCAACAUCAUUAGAGUCCAUGGUCGACUUCAGCACAUCCAAGCUUGGAAAAGAUGUUCAGGCAAUAUCUACAGAGGCGGGAAAAGGAAGCCAGUUGCAAAAGUAUACCAUAGCACCAGGAGUGAAGAAGAUUGGAGCUGGCAAGAAAGCUGUUGUGUGCCACAAGCAGAACUACGCAUAUGCGGUGUUUUACUGCCAUUCAACAGAGAGCACAAGGGCCUAUGUAGUGCCGCUGGUGGGUGCUGAUGGGAGUAAAGCUAAAGCAGUGGCAGUCUGCCAUACCGACACAUCAGCAUGGAACCCAAAACAUCUGGCCUUCAAAGUGCUCAAGGUUAAGCCAGGAACUGUUCCUGUCUGCCAUUUCCUUCCUGAGGAUCAUGUUGUCUGGACACCCAACCAGCUAGCGCGCUAGCUAGCUCUUGUGUUCCACCUGUUGCAUCGCUUCGCGUAGUUUGAAAUUCCUAUAUGUCUACCACUGCAUUUUGCUACAUGUUUUAUUUACUCUUGUAUGUACGCUAUAUAUAGUUGUACCUACGUACGUAUACGACGUAUAUUUUAGUCGUCAAUAAAUACAUCCUGCACGUUGCUUUAAAAA